AAAUUCAGCACCUAGUGUGCUACAGACAACAGGCGAAUACAACGUAGAAGUCAAGUCAGUGAUACACUUAGUUCUUGCCUUCUGGGAAAUUGCCAAUCUGUAAAGCAUGAUGAAAUCAAUCGUUCCUUACUUGAUCUGUGUGUUGCUGUUGGUUACUCUGGAAACAGCAGAAUCACAGGAGUGUGUUAUCAAUGCAACACCGAAAGUAGCAUUUAACGCAUAUUACAGUACGGGUAGUGGAAAUUACGGGGUCAACCAAUCUAUCGUAUUUCCUCUCGUGUUACUUAAUGAAGGCGGUGGUUAUAAUGAAAGCACUGGGAUCUUCACAGCCCCUGUAUCUGGGAUGUACCAAUUCAGCAUCAACAUUUGUAAUGCCGAUGGAAAAUAUAUGACUGCAGCUAUUGUUCAUGAAAAUACUAGAAUAACAUCUACAACAACACACAGCGCGACGACAAGUAUCUGCACUUCGGCAACGAUUCCGGCAAGACUUACAACUGGUGAACGAGUGUAUGUUCAGAGUACAUUCAAUAACCUAGUAAUGCUUGCAAAUGAGCACAGAUAUCCAUCUUUCACUGGUGUUCUUAUAAAUGUUUGACAGUAAUCAAAGUCAUUAAAUUCGACAAAAAUCUGACACUUGUUAAUUAUAAAUUACAGAAGGAAUAAACUAAUUCAAUGAUA